GACAGCGUUGUCAAGAAUUGAAACAGCGUUGACGUACGCGCGUCGCGCACCCUUUGGUGAGGAGGACACCUUCUACAAGACAACUUGCUACUGAAGCUGUCGCGUUACUUUUGACCCAGUAGGGCCUCCGUUCCAGAUGACUCUCCCAUUUUUUCUGUAUUCUGACUGUAAAACAGCAAGCCAAGUGCUGGCACCGUAGAGCUAGCUAGCACCAGCAGAACGACAGGUCCUGGGUGUGUUUUUACACAGGGGGGCUCCGCGUUUACAAUGAAGACAAUAACAACAUCCUCCUGACAGUCGCAGCGUACACGAAGCGGGUCCGCCAGGGCACCAGUAACAGGCAUGGAUGCGAGCGACAGUAAGGAUGUGAAGCUCUCCGCCGAAGUGGAACCGUUCAUCCCGCAGAAGAAGGGCCCGGACGCUGGCCUGGUCGCCAUGAGCCUGUCCGGGGAGGGCGGAGGGGGCGGCAGUGGCGGCGGGGUGGAACCCGCACCCAUCCCCAGCUAUCUCAUCACCUGCUACCCCUUUGUCCAGGAGAACCAGCCCAACAGGCAACUCCCGCUGUACAACGGAGACAUGCGGUGGCAGCAGCCAAACCCCAGCCCCGGAGGCCCGUACCUGGCCUACCCCAUCCUGUCGUCCCCCCAGCCCCCCGUGUCCAGCGACUACGCCUACUACCAGAUCAUGCCGGCGCCCUGCGCCCCCAUGAUGGGCUUCUACCAGCCCUUCCCCUCCCCCUACGGGGCCCCCGUGCAGGCGGGCAUGGUGAACGCCGUGUCGGCCGACUGCGGCGACCGGCCCCUGGGCCCGGGACAGGCCUUCACCGUGUCCAACCAGAGGGGAAGGGGCAUUGUCCGAACCGCCGUGCUCCCGAAGGUGAGCUCUCCCCCACUCUCUCAGCCAAUGAGAAGCAAGAGACCCCCGAUGAGGAGCGUGGCGGUGCAGAAGGAGAUCAGCGCCUCCGGUCCCGACAGCAGAGCGAAGACGGUCCUCCUGGUGGACGCCGCCCAGCAGACCGAUUUCCCGGGAGAGGCCUCCGGCAAGCCCCUGUCGGAGAGGGCCAGCCCCCUGCUGUGGAAGAACAAGGCGCGGAGGAGGCGGGCUUCCCACCCCACGGCCGAGUCGUCCAGCGAGCACGGCGCCAGCGAGGCCGACAUCGACAGCGACAGCGGAUACUGCAGCCCCAAGCACAACCAGGCCGGCGGAGCGGCCCCGCGGCCCACCGACGGCACCGCCGCCGCCGCGGGAGUUGACACUGGCGUGAUGACAGCGGUGAGCUGGGUCAACGUGGCGUCCCAGGCCACUCAGAAGCCCUGGGUGGACAGAAGCUCCACCUAUUACAGAGGAGCGAAACCACCUGAGCAGAGAAACGGAGCACAGAUGGACUUCCAAGCUGGGUACCAUGGGCAUGGCUGCAGCACCUCGUCCGAAAGGGGGCCCGGUCUGCCCAAGAGGCUGCAGGAGGGGACGGUGCAGGCCGCUCCCCAACUGCCAGGGGCGGAGCUCACCACAGAACCCCUGUACUUUGAGGAUGAAGACGAGUUUCCUGAGCUGGUUUCUGGGGGAGCCGCAGCCCGGAGUAAACAGGAGCAAGCCCAGCCCAAGCUCCCGAAGAACCUGCUGGAGAACCUUCCAGAAAACUCCCCCAUCAGCAUCGUGCAGACGCCCAUCCCCAUCACCACGUCCGUCCCCAAGAGGGCCAAGAGCCAGAGGAAGAAGGCGCUGGCGGCCGCGCUGGCCACGGCGCAGGAGUACUCCGAGAUCAGUAUGGAGCAGAAGAAACUGCAGGAGGCACUGACCAAGGCGGCGGGGAAGAAGAGCAAGACCCCGGUGCAGCUGGACCUGGGGGACAUGCUGGCAGCCCUGGAGAGGCAGCAGCAGGCCAUGAAGGCCCGGCAGAUCACCAACACCAAGCCCCUCUCCUACACAGUGGGAACGACCACCCCUUUUCACGGCAAGGAGUCGGGCAGCAAGGCGUCAAUGGUGAAGGGCCAACAAAACACGGGACCCCACAACAUCCUGGACUCCAGCGCUCCCAGGGUGAAAAGGGGGAAGGAGAGGGAGAUCCCCAAGGUGAAGAGGCCCACCGCACUGAAGAAGAUCAUUCUGAAGGAGAGGGAAGUGAAGAAAGGAAAGUUCUCUCUGGAUCAGAGUGUCCCGGGGCAGGAGGAGCAGGGUGGGGAUGAGCUGCACUUCACCGACGACCUGCCCCGGGAGGGCGUGUCCCAAGAGGAUAACAGUCUGAGCAUGCCCAGUGACGCCUCGCUGUCCCCGGCCAGUCAGAACUCGCCCUACAGCAUCACGCCCGUGUCCCAGGGCUCGCCCGCCAGCUCGGGCAUCGGCAGCCCCAUGGCCGCCUCCGCCAUCACCAAGAUCCACAGCCGCAGGUUCAGAGAGUACUGUAACCAGGUCCUGAAUAAGGAGAUCGAUGAGAGCGUGACGCUGCUGCUGCAGGAGCUGGUGCGCUUCCAGGAGCGCGUCUACCAGAAGGACCCCACCAAGGCCAAGGCCAAGCGGCGCCUGGUCAUGGGGCUGCGCGAGGUCACCAAGCACAUGAAGCUCCACAAGAUCAAGUGUGUCAUCAUCUCGCCCAACUGCGAGAAGAUCCAGUCCAAAGGGGGUCUGGACGAAGCCCUGUACAACGUCAUCGCCAUGGCCAGAGAGCAGGAGAUCCCUUUCGUGUUCGCGCUGGGGCGGAAGGCGCUGGGCCGCUGCGUCAACAAGCUGGUCCCGGUCAGCGUGGUGGGCAUCUUCAACUACUCCGGAGCCGAGGCCCUGUUCAACAGGCUGGUGUCCCUGACGGAGGAGGCCCGCAAAGCCUACAAGGACAUGGUGUCGGCGCUGGAGCAGGAGCAGGCCGAGGAGGCCCUGAAGAACGUGAAGAAGGUGACGCACCACAUGGGCCACUCCCGGAACCCCUCGGCCGCCAGCGCCAUCUCCUUCUGCAGCGUCAUCUCCGAGCCCAUCUCCGAGGUCAACGAGAAGGAGUACGAGACCAACUGGAGGAACAUGGUGGAGACAUCUGAUGGCCUGGAGGCAGCGGAGAGUGACGGGGAGCCUAGCGGCCGGGCAGGGGCCAGAGAGGCUGCGCCAGGAGCCCGCAAAGAUGAGGACGGGCACCCCAGCGCCACCCCUGCUGCUCCCGGCCCGACCCCGGCCCCCCAGCCCGGGAAAGCGGGCGCCCCGGCCGAGAAGGAGGAGGGCAAGACGGACGACCGGCUGGAGUGGGCGUCCCAGCAGAGCACGGAGACGGGCUCCCUGGACGGCAGCUGCCGGGACCUCCUCAACUCCUCCAUCACCAGCACCGCCAGCACGCUGGUGCCGGGCAUGCUGGAGGAGGGCGAGGACGAGGACGAGGACGAGGACGAAGAGGAGGACUACGCCCCGGGCCCCAUCUCCGUGGAGGUGCCCCUCAGCAGCCGGAUCGACUCCUGGGUCUCGGAGACGCUGGAGAACCUCCAGCUGGGCAAGGGCCGGGACAGCACGGAGGAAGAGGAGGAGGAAGAGGAGGAGGAGGAGGAAGCGGGCGGCGGGCCCAGCGAGGAGGAAGAUCUGGAUUCCGCUGAGCUGGCGGAACCGGGGAUGGACCGCAAGGACCAACAGCUGGAGCCCAAGAGCGUGCCGUGUUGACAGGGCUCCUCCCCCCGAAACCACUCCCCCUCCUCCCCGCCAACCAACCAGCGGUGUCUCUAACUGCGCUGUGUUUUCUCAGGAAUCCUGCAGACACCAACCGACAGACUAACCAGCCCAGCAACUAACCAGCCCACCCAGUCUCUUACACAGAGCUCUCUCUACCAUAUCCAUGCUCCCGUUGUCAUCUUCAGAAUGCUGUUCUUUGAAGGAAAAGCAUGAACGAGAACUGUGGGAAUGCAUAAAAAGAACUGUUUAGAAUUGUUAAAAUUAGUCAGAGGUCAUUCCCACUUGAUUUAUGGAGCAGUUCAAAAAUGACACUUUCAUCUUGACAUUCCAUUCCGUUCUAUCAACCCCCUGGCCACACAAUUCUACCCACCACUCCACAUAUCUGCCAGGAGAGCUGCAGAGCCAUUUGAGGGGUAUCCCCCCCUUUCUGGGCAGUCUAAAGACCAGCCCCAGCCUCACCCCUCCCUCACUGUAAUGCAGCCAUCAGAAGUGGCAGCUAUGUGUGCACAGGACAGACCUGUUAAGGGUCGUGCCCUUAAAUCGCCAUAGCGCUAUGUUUGACGGCUGCACUUACCAAGUCUACAUAUUUAUGUGGGUUGCCCGAACAAGUAAUGCCCCACUUCUCUUUCCUUGGAGUAAGGUUGAAAAGCGGUGAAACUUCAUAGGAAUAUUUCACAAUUUUAGAACAAGAAAGAGGGGCGGCUGGGUAUUACUGUACCAAUACUUGAUCGUUUCCUGUAGUCGUUUUUAUGAGGGGUGUUGCUUUCUGGGUAAACCGUGUUCAUUAUAUUUUUUUAUUUUCCUCUUUUUAAGCGUGUCGAUUCUGGUUCAGGGUGUAGAUUUAAAAAAUCACUGUUUCAGCCGCAGGUCUCUUUAGCCUCUGAAUAUGUGCAGUAAACAUACAGAAGUUUAGUUUGUAGAUGAUGUGAAGCCAGUUGCGUCGUGCGUUUCUCCUGAAGUUCAAAUGUAGAUCCUGAAUCUGAGAAAAGAACAGCUUCAUCCAGAUGCUCUGGUGUCACUCAGAUCUUUGUUUUUUUUUCCCUUUCUUCAAAAUUUUCUUAUUCUUAGCUGAAAUUAGUUAAAAGACUACAGGGCACAAGGAAGUAGGACCUGUAGAGUAAAUUUGGUUGUACAUACAUGCGUGUAGGUUACGCUGUUAACCUGUAACCUGUAAUAUUUGUCCUGCUUAGAUUAAACCCGUGGAGGGGGGAGCUUAAUGCAUUUUGUGUGAGUUUCUAAAUCGUGGCUUCUUGCUUCUUUCAGUUGUUUCUGUGUUUUGUUUGUUACUGUGUUUAUCUUGGUACCGAUACUUGAUUUUGUGCCAGGAAUAGAAUGUCUGACCGUGCGGGUUCGUGUGGUUCGUGUCCUGUUGGCUCGGCUCCUCCCAGCAGUAGUCGGCCAUUCUUCCAGGCGUGCGGGGCGUGUGGUCGGCGUGGCGACGGAGAGCCCUCCUGCUCAGUUUGCGCUAAUCUAGUUCUGAAUGUAGCGUCGACUGUUCCUCCGCGAAACUGUC